AUGGCAUCAUCUUUUGCAUCAUUUUUUGCAAAAGAUAAAACUUUUCGACCAAAAAAGAAAUUUGAGCCAGGUACAAUGCGUUAUUCACUUCAUAAACAAGCAAGUGCUUCAUUAAAAUCAGGUCUUGAUUUAAAAGAAAUUGUUAAAUUACCUGAUAAUGAAGAUGAAGAUGAUUGGAUUGCAGUACAUGUGGUUGAUUUUUUCAAUCGAAUCAAUCUUGUUUAUGGCAUUGUAACUGAUUAUUGUACUCCUGAAAGUUGUCCAACAAUGUCUGGUGGUCCUCGAUAUGAAUAUAGAUGGUGUGAUGGUAUAAAAUAUAAGAAACCAACAUCAUUAAAUGCACCUAAAUAUAUAACAUUACUUAUGGAAUGGGUUGAGACAAUAAUUAAUGAUGAAUCAAUAUUUCCUGUACAAGUUGGAACACCAUUUCCCAAAAAUUUUCGUUCAACUUGUAAAAAAUUACUUUCACGUUUAUAUCGAAUAUUUGUUCAUGUUUAUGUACAUCAUUUUGAUCGUAUAAUCGAUUUACAAGCGGAAGCACAUGUUAAUAUGUGUUUUAAACAUUUCUGUUAUUUUUGUCAUGAAUUUGAUUUAUUAAAAAAAGAAGAAAUGGCACCAUUAUUUGAAAUGACCAAUCGAUUAUGUCCGGAAGUACUUGGUGUUGUUAAAUGA